UGGAUGGAUUUGAACUCGAAAAUCAAAAAGAAACAGCAUAUAUCCAUUUUAUUUAUUAUUGUUGCAAAUAUGGCAGCACGGCAAAAAGCAACAAAAGCUAACAAGUUCUAUGAGGAUUGGAUGGACUACAAGAACCGGGAGCGUCGAGCUUCAACGGCCACCACAGAAACCAUUCAAAGUCUCAAAAACGGGAAAUAUCAACUGUAUGACGAAUAUAAAGGACGGCUUUCAAAAACGCCGUCAAGCACACCCGCACCACCACCGCCACAACCUGUCGUUUCGACACCGGCAAAAGCUAAAAGGCAAUGUAAGUUUGACAAUCUUGCCGGAAACAGUUAA